AUGAAUGGGUGUAUAAUACUUAAGAACAACCCAUUUUAUAUUCAAGAACCAAUUGUUCCAAAUGUUGCAUCGAAUAUUCUUCACAAUGCAAUGAAAAGACAUUUAAUGAACCAGGAUAGUUAUAUCAAUGCAGGUGAAGACCAAAUGUGCAGAUCUGCAGCACAAAUUUUUAAUGGAUUAUGUGAGACACUACCUACAAUUUCUUCAAUUAAAAUGUCCGAAGAUGAACAUUGCAAUAGAUUAUUAAAAAUUCACAUCAAUAAUAUCUUUACUGCACACAAGAAAUAUGAAGUCAGAUUUAAUCGCAGUGUGUUGGGAACAUCUCAAAGACCUGACUUUUCAUGUGUUAUAAAUGAUGUUCCCUUUUUAUUGUCAGAAAUUAAACCUAUUGGAACUAGUCCUUUAUUAAAACAAAUGGAUUUUAGAAAGAUACAUCUAAGAGGUAAAAAUGCAUUAAACCAGCAAUUAAAUAAAAAAGGAGGUCCAGGACAAGUAAUGAUGUUAGUUAAUGCAGGAGAAUUAUUGAAAACUUAUGUAAUGAAUUUACAAAAUGGAGGUUUAUAUGUAUCAUGGAGCUUAAUUACAAGUAAACUAGCAACUGAUGUAUCAACCAUGCCAUUGAUAGACUUUAAUUUCAAACAUUUCAUCAAAUUGGAAAAAUGCGUUGAUAUCCUUGUAAAUGAUUAUGUAAAUUGUGAAGAUAUUUCAACAUAA